AUGUAUCAACCUUUCAGCAUGGAGCUCAUAUCGAACCCUGGAAAUAUUAUCUUCAUCCAGAAGAUGUGCUUCCUUAGAAACAAUAUUCAUGCCACUGAUUGUGAUUCAGCAUAUGAAACCUGCAAAAGUUAUGAUGUCGAAACAAAAUACAAAUUGGCUUACACGAUUACAGAUAAACUGAUCAUAUACGAAACCGAUGUCCCAAAAAAUUUUGAUCCCACAUGUGGGAAUUAUUUAAGACUCUCCAUCGAGUAUAUUUACUUCUCAAAUACAUCGUCUCUCAAGUUGAAUGCUGAAGCAAACAAUCCUACGAUAAAUUCUGGAAAUUUUUUCAUUGUGGCAGACAGCUCAGAUCCCAAUCCUUCAUUUCGUAAAGUUGAUGUAACUAUUUCAAAAUCUAAUUAUCAAGCAAAUGUUCGGCUUUUAGAAAUUUACGCUAGAGAUGUCAGAAAUUCUACAUGUUGUUGCACGGUAAACAUUACUGCAUCUGGUAUGAAUUACUCUACAUGUGUGGGUCCGAAAUUUAACGACGCUUAUAACGUCGAGAAUUUAAUUUCACCGUUUUCUAUCAUUGUCAGUAGAAACGGCAAUCAAAUUCAAAGAUUAAAAAUAUGGUUGUGGGUAGAAACUACAACUACAACUACAUCAACCACAACUACAUCAACUACUACUACGUCAACCACAGCUACAUCAACUACUACUACGUCAACCAACGCUACUGCAACAACCACAUCAACUCCCGCUGCAACUUCAUCUCAUCCAACUGAGUCUGAAACAUUUCCAAGUCAGUCGGUUUUGUCUAGAGAAGCCAAAAUUGGCGCUGGCGUUGGUGUUGGAGUUGGUGGUUCUUUACUGUUAGUAACUGCCUUCCUACUGGCCAUGUACUGCUUGAAAAGGAAGAAACCAAAAGUAACAGAAGAAUCGUCGGUGAAAUACGACAACAACAACAACUCCAAAAGUUCGGAUGAGUUUUAUGACAACAGCACAGAUAACGCCUACGACUACGAUGCGAGUCCAAACAUGGAACCAACUAUAUCUGUGCAUCCAUCAUUUACAAAUAAAUUUCCCAUGUCGCCUGUUAAUGAGAGCAAUUAUGACAGUGGAAAGGACAAAGUUAACAAGUAUAAAGCUCUUAGACAGAAAUCAAAAAACAAAAAACCUCUCAUGAACAUAACUCAAAAUUUCAUGCAAGAUUCUGAAAUAUAUUAUCCGCUUGAUGACUCAACCGGCUCACCAAACCUUCAAUUGUACAACAAGUCGACAAAAUCAUCAUCUGGUUUGAAGCGAAUUUCAGUUGAGUUGGACUACCGUCGAAGUUUGACCGACGAUGGAGACGAUGGUCAGAUCUGGCAAGUCCCUUCACCUUCCAUUCAUUAUAAACCCGGAAAGCAGCACUUUAAAAAAAAUAACAAAUCGUCCAAGCAAUUAAAUUUGACAAAUAAAGAAAAGGUCAAAAAGGCAAAAAGCGUGACCUUUAACCUAGCUGGAAAUUAUCCACAACAAAUGAGUUACAAUGGAUCAUUCGCAAAUGCAAACGACCCAAAUGCGGAUAGCACUGGUCGGGAUAUCGAUGGAAACUUGCUCUUUUGA